CUCAAGGCCCACCCCAGCUGGGAAGAGCUCUGAUCGCAAAGACUCCUAAGAGCAGCGUCAGUGCCAGGACACCUUGUUCUUCGGGAACAUUCCCGGCGCAGCCCGAGGGCGGCUGUUGGGGGAGUGGGGGGCUCUCACCUCAGUCCAGGCUGAGCCAGGGCUCCAGACACUGCCGCCUGCAGUUGUAGAAGCAACACUUGCGGUCCGCCUUGCAACCUCUGUCACGAUAGCACAGAGGUAAGAGGACGAAAGGGCACUCGUGUAAAAACUCCGGGCAAUAUCCAGGCUUCUGCACAGCUGAGGAAGAGGCCACAGGCCUCCUGCCUCCUAGGUUUGGGAUUUGCAUGGAGGAGUGGGCUGGUGAGAGAAGAGUCCAGUUAUUCAAACCUGAGUCAAGUGCCUUCACUUGUGACAGGAGAAGUACUUGGUGAUUGGCAGCCAACCAGAAUUACAGGACUCAGGAGCAAUGACUUCACAAAGGGAAGAGAUAUUUGGCAGACAAAGGCAAGAGACGUCUGCUGCAGGUAGAGAGAAAUUUGGGGGCUGCCCGCCGGACGAUGGGCCCUGCCUCCUUUCGGUGCCUGACCACUGCAUGGAUGACAGCCAGUGUCCUGCAAGAAUGAAGUGCUGCUCCAAAGCUUGCUUCCGCCAGUGUGUCCCUAUGAUUUCUGUAAAGCCGGGCAGCUGCCCCGAGGACCGCCUGCAGUGCCUCAGCCCUGUGCAGCAUCUGUGCCACAAGGACGCAGACUGCAGGGGCUCCAGUCGUUGCUGCCUUGGCGCCUGCGGCCGAGACUGUCGCAACCCCAUCCAAGGCUAAUUCUGGCUUCAGAUCUUCAGGAGGGGUUCCUAGCAGGAAGAGAUGAUGAUGGGGGCCUGGGACCCUGCCACCCAGAUAGCACUAUCUCUACCCGAGGCAGUUUCAACCUUCUGAUGAAUACCGAUCUGCUGUCACUUCCCUUGCCACCCAUCCAUCCACCCCUGGUUUCUCCUCCUGGGAGUCAAGGUGCACAGAUAGACUCCUAUCACCCUGUGCCAUAGCCACAUCUCUUUGUCUAUGUGUUUCUCCACCUAAAAUGCCCAAUUCGGGUAGGCCUCUCUUUGUGGGGUCCAAACCCCUCCAUCAGGCAGCCCAGCCACCUUGAAGGUACGUUCUAGCAGAGUUUUCCAGACGUGAUCUGUUCGCAUACUCCUUUCCACCAUUUUUACCACACCCUCAAAACAGCAUCACAAUAUCUUGCUUACUGCCUAUACUACUGUUUAUCUAAUGUUUUUCUUUAAACGGAAUCACUUUUGUAUAUAAAUAAAUCUAUUUCAAAAGAAAA